AUGGCCGACGGAAACGCCUAUAGUCGACGCCUACGGAGUUUCCGACGCUCCGAUGCGGCGCUUUCCGAGGAAGGAGAGGAGCUGGAAAACAUCACGGGAGGUAGCUGUCGACAGUACGUUGUGAACGCGUCUGAGCCGGUGCAAAGGGCAUUGGAACUGCGGUCAGGAGAUGAUUGCGAAGACGAGGACGAAGAGGACGACGAGUUUAGUGACUUUGAGGAGCCGGACGACGACUUUAUGGGUCCAGUGUACCGCAGUACGGCGUACAUUCCACCUUAUGUGGGGAAAGAGGACAUGACCGAGUCCGAGGGCGUCCAGGAAGAGGAGGAAGAGAGCGAUUUUGCGCAUGCAGUGCAACGUUCGGAGCUCAAGAUGCGAGCGGCAGGAGCUGCUGCGUAUCUUCAGAUACCGAGACGUGCUGGUGGAUUAUGGCAGGAGUUGGUUGUGGAAUCGAAGGCGGCCAAGACGGUGCUCAAGGGCUUGCGACGCUUGUGGCGCUUGGUGCUACGCAAUUCGUUCAUGGCGGUGAAUGUGUUGUGGCUGCUCGCGCCGCUGUGCUGCUUUGCAAUUGCUAUUUCGGUACCCCAGUACUUGAAAAGCGCGAUUGAGUAUGUGGACGUCUUUUCGAUGUCAGGGACGGGUGCGCGUGGAAGUAGUGCACACGCAGGUGUUGAGGGAGAGACCAUGAGAUCGAUGGUGCAGCAAGUCGUGGACUCGCAACUGCUGGGCAUGAGCGAAGAAAUGAAGCUACUGCGGCUACACUCUGGCUCCGACAGCAUCAUUGCAGCUCAUAUCGAGAAAGCUGUCGCUCAACGUACAGAAGGACUGUGGGAAAGAUUCUCGGAAAGUACAGUACAGCUACAGCAAGAUCUGCAUGUUGCAAGGGAACAGCAGGCCAAGCUUUUGUCGGUAGUAAAGGAGCAGGAAGAGAAGAUGAACUCUAUGCAAGAUAAGAUGAUACAGCGCACAGCGGCAUCGAGGUCCGAUGCAGAAAACGAGUACGCGCGCGAGCGUGAGAUGAGAAGAGAACUUGUUGAAUGGCGUGACACGUUCAAGCGCGAGCUCGAGUCUGAGAUCCAAAGUCGAAUGCAGGGUGCUGAAAGUCGUAUGUCAAGGGUGCUACAAGAGGAAAAGGAGGCAUUGUCUUCCAGUGCCGACGCUCUCCGGAGUCUAGAUGCCACUGACCCUGGCAUUCUCCGCGUCAUUGAGGUGGCAUUUCAGGCUGUCGAGAUCAAGAAAACGGGACGCGUAGACCAUGCAGCCUUGGCAAAUGGCGCAUCGGUCAUUCAUUCAGAGCGUGACCUCCUCUACCAGGACAGGUUGUCACCAGCGCAGCUGUUGAUCCAGCUUCUGGGACCAAGAAACUCCGAAGAUGAUGGCAGGUUCACGUCGCCUUCGUAUCGCCGUGCGCCGGCCCCGUUUUUAGGACUGCUGCUGUCCUCGAGCGAGAUUCCCUGGUGGCUCUCACGUCAUAACGGCCGACCAGAAACUGCAUUGUCGGAAACGAUGGAGAUCGGUAGCUGCUGGGGCAUCGCAGGCCCAUCCGGUCGUCUCUCCGUCAAGUUUGCUCAGCAAAUCGUUGCAGACUCCAUCACAAUUGACCACAUCCCGGCCCAGAUCGCUUCUGAUUUCAGCUCUGCGCCAAACGAGUUCCGUGUCCUGGGCAUCUUGGGUCACCCUCUGCGAGAGACAGUGGAUUUUAUAUUCUUUGGCAAUUUCUCGUACGCUAGCAAGGGCUCAGCUAGUCAGACAUUCAAGCUUGCGUCUUCGCAGAGUCAACAUUCGGCUAUCGACGGUAUUGUCCUAGACGUCCUAUCGAACCACGGUCAUCCCGACUACACUUGCCUGUAUCGCUUCCGCGUGCACGGGCAACCUGUGUGA